AUGGGGCCUGCAAGGGGCCGCUCUUCCACAAGGGAGGAUGCUCUCCGCGCGGCGACACGCAACCUCAGGGACCUGGCCCGACAGUCGGCAUGGCAGCGGGCAUUGGGCUACCUCCAAGCCAUGCCAGACGAGAACUUGCGGCCCAACGUGUUUUCCUUCGGCGCCGCCCUCAGUGCUUGCGAGCGGGGCUCCCAGUGGCUUUCGGCGCUGCUGUUGCUGCAGGACAUGGAUCACCGAAGUGUACAGCGUGAUGUCAUCAGUUGCAGCGCAGCUAUCAGUGCCUGCGAGAAGUCAGCAGCAUGGCAGUCGGCGCUGGUGCUGGUGCAGACUAUGACCAGCUCAGAGAUCCGCUGCGACGUUGUUUGCCUGGGUGCCGCCGUGGCUGCGCUGGCGGCCGGCUCCGAGUGGAGCCGUGCCCUGCACAUGGCAAGGCAGAUGGAGGAAGCCUCUGUUCCACCCAACGUCGUGGCAUAUGGUUCGGCGCUGAAGGCCUGUGAGCUCUCGCGGGGCUGGAAGCAGGCCCUGGCGCUUCUGAGGGAGAUGGAAGAUCGGCAGGUGCCCCCAAACGCGAUCUGCUUCAACUCGACCAUCAGUGCGUGCGAGAAGUCGGCGCGCUGGGAGUGGGCUUUGGAGGUCCUCUGGCAGAUGCAGGUCAGGCGGCUGCCAGCCGACGUCAUCAGCUACAGCGCCGCUAGCAGCGCCUGCGAGAAAUGCGCACAGUGGCAGUGGUCCCUGCACUUGCUGGAUGACAUGCUGCACUUGCGCAUCGAGCCUGACAGCUACACCUACGCCUCUUCCAUUUCUGAGUACCAGCUUUACGGCUGUGUCAAUGAUUGCCUGGACUGGGAAAGGCUGCUGAAAGAGACCUACGACUUUGAAGAAACCCGAGUGCUGAUUGAUCAGUACCCGGAUGGCUCUCCCACAGAGUCUGGGGCACAGCUGCCCACUCGGGCAAACAUCCUGGCGCAGCUCGGUGGUUGGCUCGUGGCUGGAGCACAGCCGGGAGACGUGCUCGUCUUCGUCUUCGCCGGCCACGGCUGCCAGGCGAAAUGGGGAAGGUAA